GCAAGGUCUCAAGAGCACCCUUCCCCUCCCCCUUCUACUUCACAGCUACACAGGGCUCAAAUCAAGCUGCAGGAUGGGCGAUCCUCAAACCACCGCCGCUCUAGCUCAUCCUCAGCUCACCAACACUCCGAAGACUAUAAGGCAGGCUGAGCCCGUUGCUGGAAGCCGAACAUAUACCAGUCACCACCAACUUCGUUCAACUCAUCGCCCCUCAGUCGAUAGUGUUUCCCAAGCAAUAGGCAGAAAAACAUCCUAGCUUCGACCGCCGUUGUAUCCCUCAGCAAUGCAGCUCAAACAGUUCCUCGGUCUCUUGGCCUUUGGCUUGCCGUUGGCCUUUGGCUCCCCUUUGCCUGCUCAAGAUAGCGAGGCUAUUCCUUAUUACCCGAAGCGCAGCAACGAGGGAGAGGCUAUUCCUUACUAUCCGAAGCGCAGCGACGAGGGUGAAGCCAUUCCCUACUACCCCAAGCGCAGCGAGGAGAGUGAGGCGAUCCCCUACUACCCGAAGCGCAGCGACGAGAGCGAAGCCAUCCCCUACUACCCGAAGCGCAGCGACGAGAGCGAAGCCAUCCCCUACUAUCCUUAAGGCAAUGAAGUCAGACCACUCCCGAAGCAAUUUCACCCCAGGCGAUGAAAAAUCUACUGGAGAUUGACGGGGCGCAUUCGACUUCGACGUUCACUACAUCCCUUAAAUAACUUGCCGUGUUGCUUCUAUCCGGCUUGUCAGCGACAUCUUGGUUUUUCUCCACCAGAGACUUUUGUGUGGCCCGCAACCUGACAAGCCGUUCGUUUUGAUAUUCUCCUCAAUUGUUGCCAGAAUGAAAC